UAGUAUAACUGAACAAUGUUAACGUCAAUUUCAUUGUUGCCCAUUGAUCGAUGUGGUGGGAUAUUACAUGGUUAUAUGCUUUUUGUUUGGGAAGAUACAAGUCUUCUAAUUGUUUCUAGAUGGAAACACCCUCUAACGAAUUUAUGCUCCUUUGCAGAGUCUCAGUCUCGGUAUAUGUGUGCUGUUCUGUUAAAUAUUGAUUAUCUGGAAUCACUGCCGAAUAUUCUGCAAAAGAAGUAUGCCUUGCUGCAUGAUCUCGAUAAAAGUUUACUAGAAAUUCAGAAGCAAAAUGAAGAGCGAUGUGAACGAGAAAUAGAGGAUAUUAAACGGGGUGUUAAAGCUGGAAAUAUCACACCGGAUACUUCGCUAAUUAGAUUCUCAGAUGAAGCACUUGAUGAGCAGAAACACAGCAUUAGGAUUGCUGAUGAAAAGGUUGCAUUGGCUCUUCAGGCAUAUGACUUGGUAGAUAAACACAUACAACAACUUGAUCAAUAUUUGAAAAGGUUUGAUGAAGAGAUUCGCCGGGAGAGAGAAAUUGCUGCUGCAACUGCCCUGCCUACACCUAGUCCUGAUGGUAGCGCAAAGCCUGGAAGGAGUAGUGAAAGUGGAAGGGGAGGUCGUAAAAAAACACGGCUAGCAACAGCAGCUGCAGUAUCUUCAGUGACAGAAGCAGCAGCAUCUAGUGCUACAAAUCCUACUGGUAUGGAGUUAGAUAUACCAGUUGAUCCAAAUGAACCCACUUAUUGUUUCUGCAACCAAGUUAGCUACGGGGAGAUGGUGGCUUGUGAUAAUCCAGAUUGCAAGAUAGAAUGGUUUCACUUUGGCUGUGUUGGUCUAAAGGAACAGCCAAAAGGAAAGUGGUAUUGCUCGGACUGCGCUACUGUAAAGAAUCGGCGGAAAGGCAGAUGAUGCAGGAUCUUGUGCCUUUAUGUAUCUGCAAAGCCUUGUUGUAAAAUUGUCUUAACAGGCAUGAUAGAUAUUUUACUAACCCUUUUGUUCUUUCCGUUUUGAAUUUGUUAAUGUUCAUAGAGUUGCUUCAUUUUGAUUCAGCUGUUGGUUCUCUGGAUUCAUAUGUUCUAUGCAACAUUCUACUUGUUCAAUGUCAGAUAUUCUGGAGUCAGCCUUGC